GUACAAGGAUGCUUGUGUUACGUUAAGCCUAUUUUUUUUCUUAGUUUUGUAGCAAGUACUGCUAAAUUUCUCUUGCAACUUUUCCCCGACGAAGAAAGCUCGUGCACGCCUGCAGAUCGUAACAGGAUGCAGCAUCUGCAUCAUUAACUAAGUGAUUCAGUUGCAGGAUGUGCGGUGGAUAGCAUCCCUUACUGCAUCUGGUAUUGGGUCGCGUCCCUUACUACAUGCGGUAUAGGAUCGCGUUUAUUCUCCUUAAUUCCUGUAUGUUGCGUUUCAUUCAUACAUACAAAAGGCUUUCCAGGCGAUUAGGGCUGGAGAUGAUUUCUUGAGUAUGGAGUACCGACAAAAACGACAGCUCACCUUCGUGACAGUUGGACUAAUUUUUCUUAUGAGCGGUGUCGAGUACGCUGUGAUCCUACCCACCAUAUGGAGGUACCUGCAGAUCCUUCAGGCACCGCCGUACUUCCUGGGGCUCGGCUUGUCCGCGUUCAGUUUGAGCGGGCUGCUGUUCGGACCUCUAUUUGGCCACUGGUCUGAUCGGACUCAUACCACCAAGAACAUCAUCCUCCUGGCCAACGUCUUCGAGAUUGUCGGUAACUUCAUGUAUUUCAUUGGCUAUUCCAAGUGGCUUCUCCUAUCAAGCCGGCUCGUAGCAGGGAUCGGAGCCGGGGCUGGUUCCUGCAUAUUCGGGCUCCUCACACGGAUCACAUCGUUAGAGAAUCGCGCCACAGUCUUCGCAACCGUUAUGGCCUGCCGCCAAGCCGGACUCCUGAUUGGUCCAGCGUUCAAUAUCUUUUUGAGGCUCUGUGAUUUCCAGCUGGGUCCCUUCAUCGUGAACAAGUACACGUCCCCAGGGCUCUUCAUGAGCAUUGUCUGGGGCCUGCUGGAGUUGGUGGUUCUGUUCAUGUACUGGGAUCUACCACCUCUCGACCAUGGGGGCCAGGGGAUGAACAUGGAGGAGGUGGAGGUGGAAGAGGAGGCAAAGCCCCUGGUGACCAAUGAAGAAGCAGAAGAUUCUGAGUUCAGGACCUUCAUCAGCACCGAACAGCUGGAAGUUCAGGGCGUUGCUGGUGGCCCAUUACCUCCACCCUCGCCUGCCCGCUCUCUUCUCCUAAACGAUGAGCUCCCUAAGCCCUUCCUGGACAUCAGUGCCAGGAAAGGUGGCCCCACAGAUUUAGCUAAAGGAGUGACAGCGUGUUUGGGUUUUGAAAAUUCUCUCUCUCGCAUGUUGAUAUCGUGCAUGAAUUUUACCAUCAAAUUGACAGUCCACAUUGGUAUGACAGAAGAAUUGUGUGAAUUCCUGAGGGAGGAGGUGUUGCUGCUGCUGACUGCCCAGUUCAUCACCCUGUUUAAUCAGACGGCGUUGGAGACCAUGGUGACCCCCUUGACACAGAAGUACUUUGGCUUCAGUGAGCUGCAGAACAGCAUGAUGUACUUCCUGUGUGGCGUGGAAGUCAUCGCCGGCUUCCUGCUGGUGCGCUGUCUCAGCCGCCGCCUGGCUGACCGCCUGCUGCUCGCCCUGGGACUGGCCAUCUGCAGCAUCUCCUGCACCUGGUGCCUCAUCUUCCUCACUGAUCCCCGAGGUGGAUACCCCUGGCAGUUGGCUAAGUUCAUCACCGGGGUGUUCCUGCAGCUUCUGGGUCUCCCCUUUCUUGCUGUGUCCCAGGUGUCACUUUUCUCUAAAGUUACCUCUGUGAAGACGCAAGGGUUCAGCCAGGGCGUGCGGCGCUCAGUCGGGGGACUGGCCACCAUUUUGGGCCCCCUGUGGGCCGGGGGCCUGACGGAGAACCUGCAUUUGAUGCUGGGGCUGAUGAUGGCCUUGCUGGUCAUGGUCUCAGUUAUGACCGCACUCUCCUACAAUCGUCUGGUGGAGCCGUGUGUUGUACAGCCCGCCUGCAGCUCUGAGGUCAUCGGAACAAGCGGGGAUGAAAAGUAACACCCCAUUUAAGGACACGGCUCUGUCCUGGUCUCCUCUAAAGAGGGCUGCACAUGUGCUUGGUGUGGGGGCCCCUUCAAGCAGAACUGGCGAGGCAGCAGGACUUCCAGUCUGCACUGAUUCUCUACACCCCCCCUGUCCUGGGUAGGUCCACCCAGAUUUUACUGACUAGCCCUACUUACGAGCCCAGACACUAUGAGCAUAGUUGAGUGCAACGUGUUUUAUAGCACGAAGUCUGCAGAACAUCUCACAUUCCUAGGUGAGCAAAACCCUAUGACGACCAUAUCGGCAAAAUAAAUGUAUAAAUAAAUAUAUUUAAUGAUAAAUACAUUAACGGUCAUCAUAAAAGCUAGAUGAACAUGAAUAACACGACAACCAACCAGGAAAUAAUAGCGUUUUGCCAGCUCGCUAUUUCUGGUUGGAGCACUAGAUGGCAGUAGACUUCAGGUAUAUAGACACAUCCCAUCUCCCGAUGUUUACUCUUUU